CCCCCGAGUGCGUCCCUGGUCCGGGUGGAGAGGCGGGACUCGGUAUCCCGCGCGGGGGUCCAAGCUGCGCGCAGACAGGACACGCCAGGGCGCAGGCUUUGUCCCCUCUCCCCCUGUGUUUUCCCGGGGCCUGCUUAGGCCCCUCGGCUGUCCAUGGAAGGCUGAAGCGGCUGCGGGAUCCGUCUCCUUGCGAAGGGGUCUCAUCCUCGUCGCCAUGUCCAGGGGCUUCGAGCUGCAGCCGCAGGACGGCGGCCCCCGGGUGGCCCUGGCGCCCGGGGAGACGGUGAUCGGCCGCGGGCCGCUGCUGGGAAUAACAGACAAGAGAGUGUCCAGAAGACAUGCCAUUCUUGAGGUGGUGGGUGGUCAGCUUCGAAUCAAACCGAUUCACACAAAUCCAUGUUUUUAUCAGUCUUCUGAGAAGAGCCAGCUCUUACCAUUGAAGACAAACCUAUGGCGCUGGUUGAAUCCUGGAGAUAGUUUUUCUCUAUUAGUUGACAAAUACAUUUUUCGUGUUUUAUCUACACAUUCUGAAACAGAAAUGCAAUGUACUUUAAGGAACAGUCAAAUGCUUGAUGAAGAUGAUGUAUUGAAUGAGACACCAAAAUCUUCCUCAGUUGACUUGCCUGUUGAGACAACUGGUGACCCACAGCUGGAAAGAAGCACAGAAAUAGCAGAGACCCAGCCCACUGCAAACAGCGUGUCUCUCCCAGGUGAAUGCAGAGGCAUGAGUAAGCAACAGCCAAACCCUGCCCAGAGGAGAAGAAUCCUUCCAGCCUGGAUGUUAACAGAAGAUCUAAGUGAGCAAAACCUUUCAGCGCCAGUCAGCGGUGGAGAUAAUAAUGUAAUCCAGGGAAGUGGAAAAGAAGGAAUCUGCAAAGAUAAAACCCAAGUAAGCAUAUCACAGCAAGGAAGAAAGCGAUCUAUUUCAUCAGGAAAUUCAGAAGGUACAUCAGCAGAGGAAGAUGCAGGGAAAAAGUGUAAAAAUGCUGGUCAGGAAGAGUCUAUCAUUUCAUCCAAGGAAGUGCCACAGUCAUGUUCUGCAGCCACGUUACAUAGCACAGAAGUGAAUAGCGUGAAAACUGGUACACAGAGAAACAAAAUCCCAACAGAGGAGCUUGGUAAGGCUUCUGAGCAUAAACUCAUCACUAAAGGAACACGAAAUAAGGAUGACGAGACGAGGAGCUGUUCUGAGAGCUGUUCGAGUGCCCAGGGCAAGUCCUUCCGUGACGGGUCUCAAAGAUCUCAUCCUCAGUCCGGCUCUGGUCCCUGCAGUCCUGAAACUUCGCACACAAACGCAGAGACAACCGAUGCAGUUCCACGUGGCUCUGAGGAGCACAAGGUCAAGCGGACAUCCUGCAUAUACGGGGCAAACUGCUACAGGAAGAAUCCUGUCCAUUUUCAGCACUUCAGUCACCCGGGCGAUGGUGACUAUGGGGGUGUGCACGUCACGUGUCAAGAUGAGGCUGAUGGCCGACCCGAGUGUCCCUAUGGAGCGUCUUGCUAUAGGUAUGGAAACCUGACCUGUUUGGCUGGCCUCCUAUUCUGCUUCAUCUCUGUUACUUAUUCAGGACAAACCGCAAGCAAGCUUUUCAUCUCAAGCCUUUAAUUUUAAGUUUUUAAA